AUGGCGGGAGCAGGCCAUGCAAUCGGGAUUGACCUGGGGACAACCUACUCUUGCGUGGCUGCGUGGCAGCAUGAUCAUGUAGAAGUUAUAGUGAAUGAUCAGGGCAACAGGACAACUCCUUCUUACGUUGCUUUCACAGAUACUGACCGCCAGUGGCGGAUUCAGGAUUCUGUGGCCAAGGGGGCUUAG